AUGCGUACCAAUGAUGCACCGGAUAGCGAUGAUACUGUAUUCCGGACAUCCUGCGCAUUGAGACGCUGGCCGGAGGACGGAGGUGCGUCAGAGGCGGACUGGCUGCGGCAGACCGCGUUGCAUCGUGCAGCAUUGAGCGGAGACACGGAGAGGAUCAGGGCGCUGCUGGACGGAGGAAUGGACACGAGGGCGAGGGAUCGGAAUGGAAAUAUGCCCCUCAACCUGGCCCUGUAUAAUGGGAAGGAGGCCGCGGCGGAGCUACUGGUGAAAGCAGACUGCAUCACGGAUGUCGUAGAUAACGAAUGGUGUACCCCUCUGCAUGUCGCUGCACGGAUGGGGUUUGUGAAUGUGGUUCGUAUCCUGCUCGCGGGAGGAGCAGAUGCAGGUGCGAAAGACAUGGCUGAACGGACGCCCCUCCAUCACGCCGUGUACUAUGGGAGGGAGGCCGCGGUGGAGGCGCUGCUGGGGGCCGCCCCCGAGUACGACGGGCCGGACAUGGAUGGCUGCACCCCCCUGCACUAUGCUGCGGAAGAAGGUCUCUCGCGGGCAGCGAGAGCCUUGGUGUCGAGGGGUGCGCGUUUAAAGGCUAAAAAUGAUAACGGACGCUGUCCCCUGUCCAUUGCCCUUUGUUUUGCUAGACACGGUGUGGCGAGGGUGCUCCUGGCGACGUACGCGUGGAGGGACAUCGAAAUACAUUGGGAGGAGUUGGUGCUCUGGCAGGAUGACGAGGAGUGCGGCAUCCGGCUGCUCUCCGAGUGCGAGGCCGAGAUGAGGGAGACCCGGGUGGAGGGGUCCCGCCUCUCCCUCCGCGACGUCGCCCGCCGACACCCCUCCCGCCUCGCCCGGCGCCUCUCCGACGAGACGAUCCGGCGGCUCUCGGACCGGGACCUCCUGGCGCGGGACUUCCCUCUCUUCGGCGACCUCCUCCUCGCCCGGCUGGGGGAGGUCCGGGAGCGGAGGGCCCUGGAGGAGCGCUUCCUGCGCUGCUUCCCCCUCCUCUGCCGGCCCCUGCCCCCCACCUGCACCGACGUCCUCCUCGCGUGCCUGGCGGACGACGACCUGAGGCACUUCGCCCGGGCUGCGGAGCUCUAG